AUGAUGGUGACUGACGUUAGCUGUUGCUGGCCAUCGACGACUUGUGAAGGUGCAGCAGUCGGAGACCAGUGGUUGGCUGGUGGUGGUUUGGAUCAAUCAGGAGCUUUAGUUGGGCCAUCAGUGACAACUACUGAGAUUGAUAAAGUAGUUCACCAAUUGAUUAUCGAGAAUUGUGCUUACCCUUCAACUCUUGGCUAUGGUGGAUUUCCAAAAAGCGUGUGCACGUCAGUUAACGAGUGUAUGUGUCAUGGGAUACCUGAUUCCGGUCAAUUACAGGAUGGAGAUACAAUAAAUAGUGAUGUCACAGUCUACUUGAAUGUACUUUCACUACUCACACCUUAUGAAGGGAAAAUUGUUCUUGAAUUAGCAGCUAGAAUUAGUCGUUUUACUGGUGCAUUAGUAAAAAAAGCUGGGAAAGUCAUAGCCUUGGAUUUCAUUGAAUGUGUGGUAAAAAAUGUAUGCAAAAACUUCACUCUGGAAAGCUGUAUUUGUUACCUUCAUAAGUAUUGGGCCAAAAGUAAAAUCAAUUAUGUUCAUACUGAUGAGAAUAGAGCUCUUUCUGAGAAGAAACAGAAGAAAAUUGUCAACACACCGGCUCAAGUUGCAGCACUAGACAAUUUCUAUAAUGGACAUCUCCCCCAUUGGGCAGCAAACUCCACGAGACCACUGAGCGAAUCGAAUUGUUGGAUUGGAAUGUUGCACCAGUUAAAGAUCAAGGCUAGAGCACCAUUAGAGAAAGGGCACAAAAGAAAGGAGUGA